UUUCAUAUGCAGCACCAACUACGAGCUUCCCAUUCAGUUCGUGGACAACAGUAUGGCCAACGCAAGGCGCAAGAACUACGAGGUUCCCAUUUACUUCGUGGAGAACAAUAUGGCCAACAAGAGCAAGAACUACGAGGUUCCCAUUUACUUCGUGGAGAACAAUAUGGCCAACAAGAGGCGCAAGAACUGCGACGUUUCCAYCCACUCCGUGGACAACAUUAUGGAGAACAAAAGCAACAAGUACAGAAGUUUCAAACUCUAGUCCUUGGACUACUGCUUCGACAAAAGGUAUUAUUGUGUACAAAUAUAAGUUAAGUUUUUAUCAUUUCUAUUUUUCAUUAUAUCGAUCAAACAAUUAUAAAGUUAGUCUGUGCAUUUCCCAAAUUUUUCUUCAACUCAGGGA